AUGUGUGCAUCCUCUGAAGGUUCUAGCACCAUGCCUACAAAUGCCAGUGCAAUAGCCCUCAACUCUGCUAUGAAUGGGACCAAUAUAUUUUUCCAGGGUUUGCAGCUGGUGCAGCGACUCAAAUUGCUGAUCAUCCUGUUGUACACAGGUGUGGUCAUUAUUGGGAUGGUAGGGAACUGCCUCCUGGUCCAUGUCAUUCUGCAUGUCAAGAAGAUGCACAAUGUCACCAACUUCCUCAUUGGGAACCUAGCCCUUUCAGAUGUGGCGAUGUGCACCACGUGUAUCCCACUUACUCUUGCCUAUGUUUUUGAGCCACGUGGCUGGAUCUUUGGCAGCACAAUGUGCUAUUUUGUCUACUUCAUGCAGCCAGUCACUGUCUAUGUCUCUAUCUUCACCUUGGUCACCAUUGCAGUUGACCGGUACAUUGUCAUCAUACACCCCCUGCGACGCCGAGUCUCCCUUCAGCUUAGUGUUUAUAUGAUUAUCUUCAUCUGGAUUUUGUCCUGCUGCUUGGCAUUGCCAGCCAUGACACAUACCUAUUAUGUGGAGCUGGAUCAGCAGGGAGUCAUCCUGUGUGAGGAGUUCUGGAGGGAGCAAGAGCACCAGAGACAAACCUAUGCUUUGUGCCUGCUGCUCAUUACUUAUUUCUUCCCUUUGCUGGCCAUCCUCAUUUCCUAUAUUAAGAUCUCACUCAAACUAAAAAACAGGGUGAUGCCUGGGAGUGUCACUAAAAACCAGGCAGAUUGGGACAGAGCAAGGCGGAAGAGGACAUUCUGCCUGUUGGUCAUGGUCGUCGUGGUCUUUGGAGUUUGCUGGCUUCCCCUCCAUGCCUUCAACUUUAUUCGGGACAUUAACAUAAAUGCAAUUGAUGCUUAUUAUUUCAGCCUCAUCCAACUGAUUUGCCAUUGGUUUGCUAUGAGUUCUGCCUGCUAUAACCCCUUUAUAUAUGCUUGGCUCCAUGAUAGCUUUAGGGAAGAGCUUAAAAAAUUACUUGCCUGGCCCAAGAGAGUAGCUCCUUCUGGGCAAAGUGUGACUGUAAGUGUUGUUAUCUGA